ACAGAAGAUAACAGAGAUAGAUGAAAUUUGUGAGCAAAUAAGAAGAUUAACAACAGAUAAGAUUACACAAGCUUUUAACGUACCGUAUGGCAUGAUAAGCGUCAUCUAGUUUGGUGCCAGCAAACGUGUUGAAUCAAUCUCUUCAAGAUGCCAGCCUACAGGUGGGUAAGUCGCUCCAGCACUCAGUCGUUGCCAGAUACCGCGGUCUUAGGCGGCCGUGAUUCGGACGGAUGUGCGAUUUAUGUCGGUAGAGCUUACCAUGAUGGUGACAUGGUGCCAGCAAAAGUGAUUCCCGAUAAGGGUGUCGCCUACAUUUGUCACGGAGGCGAGGAACAUCCCAAACACGAUUAUGAGGUCCUCUGCCAAGGCGAAUUCGCAUGGGAAUUUGCCAGUAACGGUCAAGUACCACUAGACGCGGUAGUCGGCGGUCAAACCUCAGACGGAGAACCUCUGUACAUUGGCCGUGUCCUCCAUAGCGGAUCUCAAACAAUUGGCAAGGUACAAACGAGUCAUGGAUGUCUGUACAUUCCCUACGACGGCGAGGAAUUAUCGUUCAAGGAUUACGAAGUGCUCGUCAUUCAUUAGCUCGAUUAAACAUCACUCCUACGUUGUAAUAUGAAUUUAAACACACGGUCGAAGUUAAUCGAUCCGGCAAGAACCGCUGCAUCUGUUGAAGCGUGUCGUAUCGCAUGGCAAAUUAUCGCGAACAAAAUUCGUUUUUUCUAAAAAUACUUGUAAAAAAUCUGUCGAAAUAAAGCGAUUGAAAUCUCUAGACAA